AUGGACCCGAAAACUUCAAAGCCGAGUGUAAAAUCGUCUCAUGGAGCAACAGCGUCUUCAGUUCGUCACUCACGACAACGUAGGGCUACAAACUACCUUCUCAUCUGGGUAGAUGCCAGCAUCGACCAAUCAGACAAGGACUGCCAAAAUACACUGGCUCAUUUGAAGAACGUGGUCAAUGAUGUCACCUUAUGCACGGAAUCGGAUCAGUGCAUUCAAGCACUCACCAAGGUUGAUAAGGAACAAGCUUUUGUGAUAACAUCAGGCUCCUUAGGUCAACACUUAGUUCCUGAAAUUCAUGGUGUGCCACAGUUAAAUGCCAUUUACAUCUUUUGUGGCAACAAAUCUCGACAUGAGGGAUGGACUCAAAAUUGGAUAAAAAUCAAAGGUGUCCAUACAAAUAUCAAAGAUAUCUGUCAAGCAUUGCAAGUGGCAGUAAAACAAUGUGACCAAGACACAAUAGCCGUAAGUUUUCUCGCGGUGAAUGAUAUGGCUUCAACUGACAACUUAAAUCAGUUGGAGCCAACUUUUAUGUAUACACAACUAUUCAAGGAGAUUCUCCUUGAUAUGGAAUAUGAUUCCAAAGCAAUCAAGGACUUGGCUGUGUGUUGCCGCGAACUUUUUAGUGACAAUCCAAGUGAAUUAGAACUGAUUAAUGAAUUUGAACGUGACUACAAUCCACAACAAGCAAUAUGGUGGUAUACACGUGAGUGUUUUACCUACAAAAUGCUCAAUCAAGCACUUCGAAAUAUGGAUGCCGAUAUAAUCAUUAACAUGGGCUUCUUUUUACGUGAUGUACAUCAACAAAUUAAGCAGCUGUACGAACAGCAGGUCAGUAGGUAUGAAAGAAAACCUUUUAUAGUUUAUCGAGGACAAGGUUUAAUGAAAUCAGACUUUGAAAAACUUCAGAAAGCGAAAGGUGGACUUAUAUCAUUUAACAACUUCUUGUCCACGAGUAAAGAUAAAGAAGUGUCCCUCGACUUUGCUGGACGUGCUUCAACAGAACCAAAUAAGGUGGGCAUUUACUUUAUAAUGUCCAUUGAUCCUUGCUUGAAAUCCACACCAUUUGCCUCCAUCAGAGAGGUGAGUUUUUUUAAGGAAGAGGAAGAAAUUCUCUUCUCAAUGCACACCGUGUUUCGAGUGAAUGCAAUUAAACAAAUGGACAAAAAGGAUCAACUUUAUCAAGUUGAAUUAGAAUUAACAUCGGAUGAUGAUGAACAACUGCGAGUACUUACUGAUCGGAUACGAGAAGAAGCUGGUGGUGGCACCGGAUGGCAAAGAUUGGGUAACUUAUUGCUUAGAAUCGGUCAGUUUAAUAAAGCUGAAGAACUUUGUAAUGUAUUACUCGAACAGACAUCUGAUGAGAGUAAAAAAGCGCAUUAUUAUAAUCAAUUGGGAUGUGUCAAACAGGACCAGGGUGAUUAUGAAAAGGCAAUCUGGUAUUACGAACAAGGACUUGAAAUCAAACAAAAAACUCUUCCUUCAAAUCAUCCUUCAUUUGCUACUUCAUACAACAACAUCGGUACUGUGUAUAACAACAUAGGAGAGUACUCGAAAGCACUUUCAUUUUACGAAAAAACACUUGAAAUCUUUGAAAAAACUCUACCUUCAAAUCAUCCUUCAUUGGCUACUUCAUACAACAACAUCGGUCUGGUGUAUAACAACAUGGAAGAGUACUCGAAAGCACUUUCAUAUUACGAAAAAGCACUUGAAAUUCGACAAAAAACUCUGCCUUCAACUCAUCCUGAUUUGGCUACUUCAUACAACAACAUCGGUUUGGUGUAUAACAACAUGGAAGAGUACUCAAAAGCACUUCCAUAUUACGAAAAAGCACGUGAAAUUCGAGAAAAAACUCUUCCUUCAAAUCAUCCUUCAUUGGCUACUUCAUACAACAACAUCGGUUUGGUGUAUGGCAGCAUGGGAGAGUACUCGAAAGCACUAUCAUAUUUUGAACGUGCUCUGGAUAUAUUCCAACGUGCACUACCUCCAACUCAUCCUAGUAUUAAAGGUGUGAAAAAUAAUAUUGAAUUUGUCAAAAAGAAAUUAUAA